AUGUUUGGUUACGGCCGUAGUAACUUCACCUGGAAUGGAACUCUGAGAGAGCUGGAGACCAGCUGCCCAUCAUUCUGUGGAGAGAGAGUUCGUCCAAUCAUGACUGCCACCCCCAUCUCCAGUGGCUUAGAGGUGCUCCUCACAUCUCUGCAGAAUGUGUGCGAUAUUGAGAGUACCCUGCACAUCCUCAAUGUUCUUGAUGAACUGCUGUCAGCCGGGUCAGACCGCCGUAUCUACUACAUGAUUAGUAAAGGUGGCAGCGAGGCCUUGCUUACCGCCUUGAUCAACAACGCCAGGUGUUUCAGCCCCAACUAUGCCGUACUAGUGCCAUUACUCCACCUGUUGGCUAAGGUCGGCCUCAGAGACCGCCGUAUAGGUCUAAAGGCGGAGGAUGCUGGUGCUGUGCUGUUGGUUCUGACGCUACUGAAACAAAACAGCCAUCAUGCCAGGAGGGCUGCAGCAUGCCUCUGGGUUAUCCAAGUCUUCUGCUCUUCAGUUUCCACGGCCAACUUGAUCGGGGAGAACCAUGGGCUAGAUGUCGUCUACCGCCUUAAUUCCUCUUUUACCACCAGGCACUUGAACACGAUAAAGGCAGCAAUCGAUGCCUUAACUGCUCUGCUCUCCACAAAGGCUAAUGUUCACGUGGCAGUGUGUAAGGGUUAUGUCGCGGGCCUCUUGCGACUUUAUGAGGACUGGCACAGCAAGGAUGCCGAACAUGCUGCCGUGGCCAUCCGUACAGCGUUGCUACGCUGCCUCCACCAGGCAACUAACUGCAGUGCGGCCAGACAGGCGCUCGUAUCCCAAGGAGGGAUCAGCCUCCUGUAUCAGACUACACAGAGCUGUCUGUUGACUAAAGGCCUGGAGUCCCUUGUUGAGCUCUCUGUCCAGCUGAUGAGGAAGUGUCUCACUGAAACGUCUUUACCCCUGAUGUCAGACCAGUCCGUGUAUUCAUUUCCCCUGCCCGGAAGACCAGAUGGUUGCCCUCAUGUUGACGUGGGAACAGAUGACAGCUAUGAAGAAGACAGUGAUGAGGAAGAGAGCGAAGAGAACCAAGAAGCAGAUAGCAAGGACAAGGACUAUGACGAUGACUUGGAGACAGAUCUGAACAAGCUCCGUAGUCGCCCCGAACCAGACAGACCUAAAGAGCUGCUGGCACAAUACAGCCGCCUCUGUCCUGAGCUCACACACGACUUCCAGGAGUUGGAUUCAGGUUCAGAACCAGAGGAGAGUUUGUCCUCCUCCUCAUCAGAUGAAGAGUCUUGGCUCCUUAAUGGUUCGCCGUGUUGCCGCUCCAGGAGGGACAGGAGGAAGAGUGAUACCAGCUCCCCAGAGCGGCGUCCUCGCUGUGGCUCUGACACCUCCAUAUCCUCCCCCGAGUGUCUUUUAGGAAAACUAAAUGCCUCUGGAGAACGCACACCAGUUGUCCCCCACUUUGAACCCUGUGAUUUCCACAGUCAAAGCCGAGUUCUCAGCAGCAGCCCCAUGUUUUGGAUGAAGGGAAGGACUGCAAGAGAAUAUGCAACCUCAGGUGAAAAGGAGGAAGGGCAAGAUGAAGAGGAGGAGGAGAAGGGAGAGGAGGCCCAUCAUCGCACCAUGGUGGACAGGUUACUGGAGAGACAUGGAACGUAUGUCCCACACCAUGACCCCAAGCUGUACCGUGCUGCAUCAGCCCUAACCAAAUCUAUUCCAGGAUUCAGCAUCCUGGCCUUCCCAGACUUCUGGGGUCACCUUCCACCACCUGGACAUGAGCCAAUGGCACCACGCAAACCUAAGGUGCAAAGGCAGAAGGUGUUUGAGGAUGUCCAGCGCUUCCUGAAUCCUGAUGAUCUCAUCAACCAGGUUGUGUUCGACCUCGAAGAAACUAGUCCUCAGUGUGUGUCUGAUAGGCCGGACUCAUUAAGAUUUUUCUCUAAAUUUGAAUCUGGGAACUUGAGGAAAGCCAUCCAGGUUCGCAGAUAUGAAUAUGACCUCAUAUUGAAUGCAGAUGCUAACUGCUCCCAGCAUACCCAGUGGUUUUACUUCGAGGUCAGUAACAUGAUGGCUAACAUCCCCUAUCGCUUCAACGUCAUCAACUGUGAGAAGACCAACAGUCAAUUCAACUAUGGCAUGCAGCCUGUGUUGUACUCGGUGAGAGAAGCUCUGGAUGGCAGACCGCACUGGGUCAGGACCGGGAGUGAAAUCUGUUAUUUCAGAAACAACUUCUGUCCGGCUCAGGACAGGAAGGGGGAAACUUUUUACACUUUGACCUUCACUGUGACCUUCAAACAUAAUGAGGAUGUUUGCUACCUGGCUUACCACUAUCCCUACACAUACUCUGCCCUGCAGUCCCAUCUCGAGGCACUGCAGCGUUCAGUGGAUCCUGCCAAGGUGUUUUUCCAACAGCAGACCCUGUGUGACAGUUUGGCUGGGAACCCCUGUCCACUGGUCACCAUCACAGCUUGUCCUUCCAGCAGAGGAUGGAGAGACAUACACCAGCUACGUAAUCGCCCCUAUAUUGUGUUGACAGCGCGUGUCCAUCCAGGCGAGUCUAACGCUAGUUGGGUGAUGAAGGGCACCCUGGAGUUUCUGUGCAGUAGUGAACCUGUGGCUCAGAGUUUGAGGGAGGCCUUUGUCUUCAAAAUCAUCCCUAUGCUGAAUCCAGAUGGAGUUAUCAAUGGCAUGCACCGUUGUGCUCUGAAUGGCAAAGAUUUGAAUCGACAGUGGUGUAAACCUGACCCGGUCCUCAGUCCUACUGUCUACCACACCAAGGGAUUUCUCUACUACCUCAACAGUAUAGGUCGCACUCCACUGGUGUUCUGUGACUACCAUGGACAUUCUCGAAAGAAAAAUGUCUUUCUUUACGGCUGCAGUGUCAAGGAGACCCUCUGGCAGUCUGGUUCUGCUGUUGAUACUGUAGGAGUUAAAGAGGAUCCUGGAUACAGAACAAUCCCAAAGACCUUGGACCGUAUUGCUCCAGCCUUUUCUUUCAACAGCUGCAACUAUCUGGUGGAGAAGUCUCGCUCGGCUACAGCCAGGGUGGUGGUAUGGAGGGAGAUGGGUGUGUUGAGGUGUUAUACCAUGGAGAGCACUUACAAUGGCUGUGACCAGGGAAUUUACAAGGGCUUGCAAACAGGCACCAGGGAAUUGGAGGAGAUGGGAGUGAAGUUUUGCCACAGUUUGCUGUCCUUGAGACGAGACAUAACGGCUCUCUACAGCAAGAAACUCAUCAACCACAUCGACCUGGACCACAAUGUGCUGGACCACAACUCAUACAAUUGUUUUGAAGAUGAUGAGCCUCCUUGUGUAGAGGAAAUAGAGUAUUCCACCAACAUCCGACUCAGGCUAAAUGCACCUGAGCUGGAUUCAGACAUCGAUGGCAGCACAUCCAGUGCUGAGGAAGAGGAAGAACAGCAUGAAGAAGGGCAUACAGGGGGAAACCAUGACAGAAGUAGCAACAGUGAGUCACGCCAGUCAAGUCUGAAGUCUCGCCUUUUCCCUUACCUUAUCGAGCAGGGAUCAAUAGAAAAGCUAAAUAUGAAGAGGACCACGUGUAAUGGCGUGACUGUUGCCAAUGGACCGCACCUCACUUAA